CGUCUCUUCGCUAAGGUAGCGAGUAGAGACAACCAAGAGCCAGCCAAACUACACCGACCCACCGGAGCCAAGAAACAACGAAGCGUACCCAGUAAUGGAAAACGAGUCGGCACCGGCGAGGCGCGUGAUUGAACGCGACGGGGAGGAGAUGAAUCCCCCAGACAGACCGGAAACUGACAUGCGCGCACCACAACUCCUACCGCCGGACCAACAAGCAGCCACCCAGGGACCGGAUUCGGGAAAUUCCCGCCAAGCCGAACCCCUGGGAGUGCCUCGCGGCCUAGGGGGAGGGUCACCCCUGCGCAUGCCGUCCGUCCAGCUGCUGGGAUCGCCGACGGCACGUUCACCAGCCGCCAGGCGACAGCGUCUAGAUACCCCGGGAAGAGCGCAAGCCACAGGCGCGAGGGCGGCGGUCGACCUCCUCACCGCGUGGGAAGCAGCGACAUUCCAGGCCGACCGGAACCCUACCCCACGGGACCUGUUUGGCCUGAGAACCCUAAACCCACUAGCGGCGCCACCAGCAGGUCAGCCCCCGGCGACGGCAGAUGAGGACCUUGGGGCAGCGGGCUCCCAGCCAUCGGCCGCAGACGCAGCAGGGCGGCAAGUCCGGCGACUGGUGCAAAUCAACCUAUGCCACCAGAUCCUCCACCAGCACGGGCUAGAAGGGCUGCUGGCGGCGCACGCCGCGGGCAUGCUAGACCUGGAAAGCACCAACCUGACUUCGAGGCUCGGAAGCGCGCCAGUAGGCGGUAGACAGUUACACGAGCCCUCGGGGCCCCGGUUUCCCACCUCUCUGGAGGAGAGACAGGUAGCCCGGCCCCCGAGUCUGCCCGCGAACGAGUACCCGAGCAGCGGCGCCAUGGAGCGGGAUGGCCACCCCGCACCCGAGGCUGGUUUUUGGCGUACCGCCGGCGUAGUGGCCCCACCCUACCCCGUCGAGGAACGCCAGGAGUACCCAGCAUUGGCGAGACAACGCGAGAGCAGCGAUCUACACCCGGCAGCGACAGGCCACCUCAGCUGGGAAAAUAUGGGCAUUCCGUUCGCCCCGAAACGCGCAACGCAAACGGUAGCCCACCCAGCGCCAGCGCCGGGCCACUGGAGCCAAGCGGCAGAAUCAGACGGUUUGCCCCAGCCGGGGGACGCUAUUGUGGGCGGUGUACUGAUGUCAUUGGGCAGCAGAGCCCCGCUUACAAACAUCGCGGCGGCGGUGGAACAAGUUAUCCGGGGGGUAGGGGAGCUCCUCAUCCGACAACUCAAGACAGCGCUCUCAAGCCCGUUGGGGCUGUCGUACGCCCAGUGGAUAUCGGAGCGCCUCACUACGAAGCUUCACGCGCUGCUCGCCCCUUUGACUACGUAUGCCGCGACCUACGACGCGGACAUCUACACGGUCAGCAACAUGCUGGCCACCUUACUGGGCGGGUUAGAGUUGGCCGACUGCGCGUUAAGCCUGCUGAAACCGAAUCACCCCCAACUGGGGGCAGCGCAACGAGCUUGGCUACUGGCCGCAGAAAACGAGGUCACCAGAGACGCCAUUUGCGAAGCAGAUAUGAUGGAGGCAAUGUGGGCGAAAGGCUACGGCCCACAACUGGGCUGCCUUUGGCGCCUGCUGGAACGGGUGGACGAUACGGUCAGACUUCUGCGAUCAACUCUCGCCAACGCAAAAUUCCAAAGCGGUUGGCAAGAGAGCCAAGCUGGGGGCUCACGCACCCAGGACAACCCCCGGGGUGGGGCGAUGAGCGGAGGCCAGGCGGCAGGUAUGAGAAGCAGCAUCGGCAACGGGCCAGCGGGGGAAGAGGGCCGGCAGGGCGGGGGCCGCCGAAACGACGCCCUAGCGGGACGCGGCAGGCAAGGGCCCGCGCCAUGGCAGGCGGCCUUCGACGCAGUGAGAGACGAGCUCGGGAGGCGCAACCUCCCGGCAGAGCUGUGCCCGGAUAACGACACUUUAUUCCGGACGGCCAAGUCCCUUCGCCCGGCGAUUUGCUGCAACGUGGCACUCCUGGGAAAGCAAUGCCCUAUGGGCGGCCCCCCAGGCUGCAAAUUCGUGCACGACGACCUCCAGCGGACUGUAGGGCGCUUGGUGACUGAGUUGGCGACGAAGAGACAGGCAGGGCCCAACUCGAGCGGGAAUAAGCGGAACUUGACGGCGAUUGGGAGUAGCGACUGCCCGGAGCGAGCGCGAAAAGGAAUGCUAGGCAUUGACCCCAGUCGGAUCGGAUCGGACGAGGGAUCGCGCGGAACAGAAGGUGAACCCGAGACAAAAACCCUAACUCUCGAGCUAGACGGCGAGGACGCUGGCUCUUGGUGCGACCCGGAAGAAGACGCGCUGCUGUUGUUCUUUAAGAAAGUGCCGGUCGCCAACAACCCCCAGACUGAGAUCGCGUUGCCCGCGCCACCAGAGACGGACCUACCACGCGCAGCAGAACAGCUGAACCGGGCAUGGCUCGGUAUCACCGCAGCAACACUGGCUGAGACCCCGGACACGCAGCUGAUGCAGGAAGCGACGUUCGAACAGGAAGUACGAAGUGCAGCUCGAGACCCAGCCGAUUUUCAGCCAGGCCUCCCGCGAGCAUGCAGCCCGUUAUGGCGCUGCUACUUUGAACUUCACAACGGGACACGGUCACUAACUCGCAACCAGCGCCUGCUCCGGGUCCUUGGUGUUACCAUAUCCCUCUUUGGGGAAACCCUUUGCUAAAUGACGCUCAGUUGGACGAACAUUUUGGUGAUCUUAGAAAUUUGCGUGGGUUAGAUACCGUAGGUAUGGCCGUACGAUGCCACACAGCUAUGUCGUCUACGUGGAAUUUGGUGCGCAUGGUUGGUGUACAAGGCCUUACUGAGGCGCAACACUUUCAUUGUACGAAUCUGUUUCGUACUAUCGUGGUACGGGGCAUAUUAGGGCUUACGCCGAGGCAUCCCCUGCCGGCAUCGUGUCAGUCGGGGGCGACUGCCAUAACGCGUAUAUCGCAACUUAUCGACCGNCUACCCCCGCAAUGGACCAUAGCGGCGAUAGUAGCU